GUCUAUCACCCCCACGGUGUCAGGGUCCGACGAAUGUGCAUCGCCUCAAGCCUUCUGGAAUGUGGCCUCUUGCCUCCUGGGUGGUGCUAUUCAAAGUGGCAUCCCCGCAGUGCCUGGUGAAGGACGGGAGGCCAAACUGCCUGCCGGGUGCGAGAUGACAUGGCUGACCUAUCUCCACUCCCAUGGGGGCUGGGAGAAUGGGAUUGCAGACCUGGCUUCACAGGACGGCCCUCAAGUGUCAGAGUUUAGGUCCUGUAACAAAAUGGUCACCUUCGGCUAAUGUGUUGCGUUAUGGUUUUAAAACGAUUACUGUGACGCAUAAAUACGAUUCUGCCUUUAACAACGAAUGCGAGUUAAAUCGUUUCGAUAUAGAACUACGAGUGGAACAUCCACUGAAUAAUUUUUACACAAUUGCCCCCAUCUUUGGUCUUUUGCCCUCCUCCCUAUUUUUGGCUUUGUUGAGAUUUCUAGAGAAAGACGUUUUGAGGUAUGCUGUACAAACAGGUACAACUGACUGAUUCCAAGAGUAAAGUGAACUGGCAAUGAUGUAUAACGAAAAGAAGACGCCAUUAAAAACCUAUAUUAACUACUCUACGAAACACGACUGUCGAAGAAAAGACUAACUCACUGGAGUUAGACUCAAAAAUUCCCGCGAUAACACACCUUGGAUACAGGAGUGUUUACAAUGGAUACAGGAAGAUGUUGACUAUAAUGGUGAAGGGAAUUUUAAGUGCUGUUGAUUUGAAUGCUUUAAUGAAUAGAGAUAUUUAUUCAACACCCCACUGAGCACAUGAUCCUCGGACUGGCGUUGUGCAUCUUGGGAUGGCUGACCCUUGUCAAGGCAUUAUGGAUCAAAGACAUUUUGAAGCUUACCAGGAGCCACCCUGUCUAUGGAAACUUGUAGAGGAACAUGUACCACCCGAAGAGCGUUUGGAAAUUAAGAGCAUUCUAGGGGAAGCUAUGGUAGACCUGAGCUUGGAGUUGCAUGCAGAGGUAGAAACUUUAAUGGCCAUGUGGCGUGAUGAACGAGGGAGGUUUUUGUCUCUCUCUGAGGCCCAAAACCAGUUGUUUUCUCCUGUGCUGGCAGAUCCUCCCACCGUCAAGGAGAUGUUGAGACAAGAGAUUAACUUACUACUACUGGACAUUCGUCAGAAAGCUCGUGAGCAAGGCAGGGAUGAGAACAAAGCCCUGCAGAUAUACAAUCAAGAUGUAGUCAAUUUUGCAAUGGGAGCAAGUCGAGCAAGAAGUAGAGCAAACCAAUCUGACAAAAUAGCAAGUCGACCUGGAAGUGCUCUUAGCAUACGGGAUGGUCAGGAAGUUCCCAUCCGACCACUGACAGGAGGCAGUAUGGCAGAUGACAGGCCUGUAUCAUCCCUUUCAAGCAGCUCAAGUUUAGGAGACUAUAUGGAAACUAUCGCGGAUAAACUCAACCUGCUGGACAUCAAUGAAGCAGUGAUCCACCUGCAGUCCACAUUGAAAGAAGAAUGCAGAAUGUUAGAACAAGACUGCAAUUUCUUACAGGGUGCAGAUACAGAAUACUUUCUUCGUACAAGUCUUCAUCCUCAGUUUGUUCCUUAUAUAUCUAAUCUAGUUUUUCUGAAUUUCCUUCUGGUGUGA